UGGGGAAGAGAGUGGUUGGUGGGGGUGUGUGAGUGCAGAAGGCGCAGCCCUAUUAGCCGACCCAAAUAGAGAGAGGGGAUGUGUCUGGAGCCGACUGAAAUGUCGUGCUUAACAGAACACUGUAAAGCUGAUCCCACUCUGUCUCAUAUAACUGAUAUAAGCCUCAGAAGAUGUCUCUGUUUAUAUUCUCUCUGACUCUCUUUGCUUUCUCUCUCUCUCUCUCUCUCUCACUCUGUUCUCCCAUAAAACCCCCCCCUCACCCACCCAACAUUCACACUCAAGCCCCUCACUCCAAAACAAAACCUAAACAUUUUACUCUUUUCGGUUUUUUUUUUUGUUUCACACAUGCCGUCGUCGAAUUCCGGCGAGAGUCGCCGAGCGAGCAAGCCGCAGAGCUCGGGCGGAGCGGCGCCGCCGCCGCCGGAGCAGGAAAACCUGCCGUGCCCGCGAUGCGACUCCACCAACACCAAGUUCUGCUACUACAACAACUACAACUACUCCCAGCCCCGCCACUUCUGCAAGUCCUGCCGCCGCUACUGGACCCACGGCGGCACUCUCCGCGACAUUCCCGUCGGCGGCGGCAGCCGCAAGAACGCCAAGCGCUCCCGCACCCACCACGUCGCCGCCACAUCAUCCUCCUCCACCUCGUCCACCAUGACGUCAGCACAGGAACACCACGCACACACUUUAUUGGCCCCCGUCGCCUCCACGCACUACGGAGUACUUGACGGCGAUGUUAAACAGACUAGCAACGGCAACGGUAACGUGUGCGGGAGCUUCACUUCGUUGCUGAACAACACCCAUGGCUCCGGGUUUCUCGCCCUGGGUGGCUUUGGGCUUGGACACGGGUAUGACGACAUGGGUUUUGGCAUUGGGAGAUCGGGCUGGGCCUUCCCAGGAAUGGUCGACGGUGGCAACAUUGGCGGCGCCGUCGCGUCUUCUGGCCUAAACACGUGGUAGUUAGAGAGUGGCGAAGGAGGGUUCGUUAGCGGAGAUUGCUUCGCUUGGCCUGGGCUUGCGAUUUCAACACCGGGAAAUGGUCUCAAAUGAAACGCAUCUUUUUUUUUUUUUUUUCUUUUUUACUUUUUCUGGUUUGGGACUCUGGGUGCAAUGGAAGGUGUGUUUAUGGUUUAAGUUUAGGGUUUUACUAUUUGCAGGGUAUAAUCAUCUGUGAAAUUUGAAGCACAACUAGGACUUUUUCUUUUUCUUUUUUGUUUAAUUUUACUAGUUCUGGGGAUGUUUACUGGCUUACUGUUAUUUUGUGAUUAAGCUGUGUGAUUCAUAUAUUCGUGACUGAUGAGGUUAUGAAUGUGUUGUUUUUCUCUGAA